AGGGAGCGCGCAGGGGGCGCGGGCAGCGCUGCCGGCCCCGCGCCCGGCCCCGCCGGCCGCCGAUGCUGUCGGUGCCGGUGCCGGUGGGGGCGGCGCGGGGCGCGGGUUCCCUGCCCCGCCGGCGAACCAUGUGCAGCGGCGUCGGCUGCUUCUGGGCGCUGCUCUCCGCCGGCCUCUUGGCCGCCUGCGUCGCCGCCUUCCUCUCCCCGGCCUGGCUGCUGCCGCCCGGCCGUGCCGCCGCCGGGUUCGGUUUGCUCUGGCGCUGCUCCGGGCCGCCCCGCGCCUGCCACGGCUCCGCCGGCCCCGGCGGCUUCGGAGACAUCCCCUCCGGUUCCUGGCAGACGAGCGCCGUGCUGUGCGCGGGCGGCUGCGUCCUGCUGGCCCUCAGCUCCCUGCUGGCCCUGCUCGCCCUCCUGCUGCCCGGCGGAGCCUGCGAGAGGCGGGUCUGCACCCUGGCUGGCUACAUGCAGACAGCUGCAGUGUUCAUAAUGGCUUCUGGACUUUUGGUUUACCCUUUUGGUUUCAACUCUGCUACUGUGAAGAGAUUCUGUGAGAAUUCAGACAUCUACUAUGCAGGAGACUGCCAGAUUGGCUGGGGGUACAUGCUGGCAAUUGUUGGGGUAAUGUUGUCUGUCUUUUUACCAUUCUUUGCAAAAUAUGCACCAAAAGAGCACAUAUCUCCAACUCCAAUACCUACUAUUUUAUAGUAUUUUAUUACUAAGAACAGAACAUUCCUGUCUACAGGCAAUGGGCAGAAAUUCUUAUAGCACUUCCAUUUAGCUGUAUUGCUAAAGAGAAAAAAGGAGAUGGGGAAGAGAAGGUCAGACUCACAAAGACCAUAAGUGCAUUGAUAGUCUUCCAUAAGUACGAGCAGCAAACACUCUGAAAUUGAAAUAAGACUAAUCAGAAGCCUUGAUUCUGCUCUAAACAUACAGUGGCAUAAUGCCUUAGACAAAAUAAAAAUCUGUUUAUCCUCAAAACAUCUGUCUACCUCCCAGUUUCUUUUGUGUCUCAAAAUUGUAAGUCUUUCAAAAGCUUCUGUUCACUUCUUGUAUAUGAUUAGACGUAAAAUCUUAUAUGAACCCAAGAACUGUAAAAUUGUUAAUGAUAUUUUGCUACAAUUAUUUUGGUUAGUGAAAAAAAGCACCUACUAGUAACCACGGCCUAAAAAUUCUGCUUGAUAUCUAAAAGUGAUUGUAUACAAGAAAAAAAAGGUUCUUUUUGGUGCACAUGUAUUAGUGGUACCUGCAAUUUUAAGCUGUUGGCACACUUUUUAAUACUGAUCUAAUCUUCAUGAUUUAAAGUCAUCUUCAUGAAGACUUGUAUAAAACCUAGAUGACUCUUUUUUUGGAGAGAGAGAUCUAACCACUUCCAAAGGCUUCAUGAUGAUUUAGUAGUUUAACAACAGGAAAAAAAAAUCCUAAUAAUUUGUUGUUGGUAUUUCUUAAAUUAUGAUUUUCGGUGGACUUUUACAAAAUUAUUUGAACUGUUGCAACUGUAGAUUUUGGGGUUUGUUGUUUGUUUUUUAGGGCCAAAAAGAAAAAUCUCUAUUUACAAAAAUGUAUAAAUGUGUGUGCCCGACAGCCCUUGUAUGCAGUGGUAAUACAAGCCAGAAGGAACCAGAUUCUAGUAUUUUCAUUACUAUUAAGAGGCCACUAAUUUAGGGGGGAAAAAGAAAAGUGUGAAGUGAAAUGAAAUGCUCCUGAGCACAACUAAUAAAACUCAUCUGGUGCUGUGUCAGACCUAGCAAGUGGCCGUAUUUCAUGGUUUUGUAUGUGAAAUUCAUGAAGUCUGAUUUCCACAGUAACACUGAAUUCAUUACUAUCAAGCAUUGAAAUAAGUGCACUUGAUUGCCUUAAGCAAAAGAAACUUCGGGUUCUAAUCUCACCCCACUGUUAUGUUAUUAUCAUAUUUUGUUUUCUAUUAUUUAUUAAAAAUAAAUAAUCACAUAGAUUAUAUUUAAUUCAGAGCUGUACUUCUUAGUUUUGUGUUUUGGCACAAACCAAGUGAUCAAAUUUACUAUUCUUCACUUAGCUGAGUCCAACUGAUUCCUGAUUUUUUUUUUUUUUUAAUGGAAAAUAUCCAUGAAGGGACAGACAGAGACACAUUGAGGAUGUAUAAGAAAAUGCAAACAGAUAGAACAAUCACUGUGUUAUUUUAAUUAAUGUCAAAGUCUUCUGCAGUCAUUUACCUCACACUUCUAAAUUUCAAUGGAAACUUGCAUUGUUCUCCAAAAUAAUUGCCUGUUGUUACAUGCAGUUUAAGAGCAAAUUCUGCAUAUAAGCUUAGCAAGUUCCAUUCCUAAUCUUUGAAAAUAAAGAUUUCAAUUUAGAAUUAAGUACACUGAGAAAGAGAGCAUUUCUGCUCACAGUGGCUAAGGAAUUAAAUCUUCCAAGUAUUUAACAAAAUAGGUUGAAGGAAUGCCUCUAAAGAAAGAAUAAAUUUCAGUCACCUCUGUAUAGUAAUGUAAUUUUCAAUAAUGUCUUACACUUUUUUUUAAUGAAUGGCUGAAAUGGAUAAUUUUCAUAUAAGAGUCAGAAAAGUGAGGAAUAACAAACAUGUUAAAAGAAAACCAUCACCAGGAAGUAGAGAGACAGAGAUGCAGGCUUUUCUUUCCUAACCAACCUGUGCCUUUACACUAGAAUCAUUACACAAGACAGGACCAAUAUGGUUACAAAAAAAAAACACAAACCACCACCAACAAAAAUCAACCAACAACUGAAAAAUGUUGAGUAAUGUGUAUAAACUGUAUUAUGUAGGGUUUUUUCUGUUUUGUGUAGUGUUUACGACUGUUCACUUAAUGUUUCACUAGAAGAAGUGAUUUGUUAGUGUAAAGUAGAAAACCUUUUUUUGUAAAGAUAUAAACAAUUACUGAAAGUAAAAUUAUUUUAGAGUUUUAUUAACAGCCAUAACAUAGCAAGUAGACACAGACAACCUGUUCCUGUUAUUACUUAUUAAUAUAAAUUCCACAUGUGCAGAACUGGAACCAUCAAACAAAUAAUUCAACUGGAAUUAGUGGGACUACCACACUUGUGUGAUGGUGAUGACACACACACAUGCUUGGAGGUUUGGUCCCAUAGUUCAAGCCUCCUCUCUAGUUUUACUUUACUGUUACAAUGAAGUCUUACCGUUUACAACACCCCAGUACCAAAUAAUUUACUUCUUAAAACUCAACUUCUGUUGUGAACAUUGUCAAGCUCUACAUCCUGCAACAUGCUGCACCUUUUAUGAGUUAAGCUAAUGCUUCCAUUUGGAACUUUCUUUAAUAUUUUACACUAUAUUAAGGACCUCAAAUAUAUGUAUAUGACCCUUACAACUGGAUAGAUGAAACUCUCCUUGAAACAGCCACACUCGGAACCAGUUUAGCACAAGGCAGAGAUUAUUUUCCAAGUGAUUCUCACAGCCACUAGUAAAGCAUAUACUUUAGAUCCUCAAGAGGAAUAUGAAGGGAGGUGUUGCUAACAACUCAUGCUAACACUGACAGAUCACUUUUUUAAAUACAGACUGUCUGCGUGUUCCACUGUGUAAAAGCAUUUCCUGUUCUAAGUCAAAUGAUUUACUGGACCAGGUUCAAGUUUUAUUCUAAAUAUAUAAUUUUUUAAGUGUAACUGAAAGUUGUAUUUUCCAUUAAUGUGUUUCUGCGUUGACUAGCUGGCUCCUUUUUAGAAUAUUAACUGUUUUCUGUAUUUGACUUGUUGGAUACAAUAUUUCAAUUAUUUUAAAUGUGAAAUUUCCAAUUGCCAACACUGUAUAAUAAAAUUUGAAAAAAAAAAAAAAACAGCAACAAAAAACCAAA